AUGGUUGUGCUGCUUCGCGACCCGAUGGAACACGUCUACUCCCAGUUCCUCGAAUGUAAAUACGAUAAAUGGGGAAAGCGUGUGACCCGGGGGACGGAAUUCCCCGGUCGCUGGUCGAUGAACGAUCCAAAGGAAGGAUUUGGGGAUUGGCUGGCGCACUUCGUGCAUGCCCCGGACCACGCCACGGGCGCACCCAUGAUGUUUAAGUGCUAUAAUCCGUGGAACAUGCAAGCUCGCUACCUCACGCAAACGAACCGUUGGUCCCACGGAAUCGUAAAACACGACGACGCCCUGCCUUCUUUGAAAAUAGCCGUGGCAAAUCUGGAAAAGGUUGGCAUCGUCGGCUUGACGGAGCAUUAUGACGCAUCGCUAUGCCUGCUGUUGUUUCGGUCCCUUGACGCUGCGAACGUGUUGCCCCGAAGCAAAUGCAGUUGCGUGGCGUUCUUGGAGCGUCGGAGCAAAAAACUAGGUACUUACAUCACCCACCGCGUACCCGUCCACUCCGUAACGUCGCUGGAUGCGGAUACGCUGGCGAUGAUUAGCACGCUCGUCCAGGUGGACAUGCGCCUCUAUGAGCAUGCCAGGCGCCUGUUCUACAACGAGGUCGACCGCGUCCGCAACGCCACUGGCGUGGACCUGCUGUGCCGCUCCCCGGACCGCACCACGGUCACAGCGUAA